AUGUCUUCAGCAGCUGACCGACUGGCCGCCGCCAAAGGCAGCCUUGAAUCCUAUUACACCCAGUCCCACCCCCAGCUGUCCAAGCGUGACCUCUCCGCCGCCGCCAAAGAGCACCUUGCUCAGAUCAAAGGCGCCUUCGAAUCUUCUCACUCACCACUCUCGAAGCGCGACCUCUCCGCCGUCGCCAAGGAGCACCUCGCUGAAAUCAAAGGCGUCUUCGAAGCCUCUCACUCCCCGCUGUCCAAGCGUGAUCGAAUCGCCGCCUCUGCCGCCGACCGCCUCGCAGCCGCCAAAUCCGCCCUCGAAGGCUCCAUCUCAUCAUCAUCCAAGCUCUUCCGGCGUGACCUCUCACAUGACUCCGCUGCGCAGAGACUCGCGGCCGCGAAGCAGGGACUCGAGGAUGCAAUCGGCGGUGCCGGUUCUGCGCUCGUAAAGCGCGCCGAGGAUGACCAGGACAAGCCAGUCCAAGGCGAAGCCGAGCUGCCCGUCAGCAACUUCCAAAAGACGGUGAUGCCCAUCGUCAUUGGCCUUGUCCUCCUCUUCCUCUUCGCCGCCGCCGCGAGCUGGAUCGUCUGGCGCCGCCGCCAGAAGAACAAGGCCGGUGAAUCCGCCGAGCACCGCCGCAAGCACCUCGACCUCGAAGACGACGGCGCCGACGAAGACUAUGGCUUCGAGCUGCCCCAGAACCAGCGCGUCCAGAACGUCGGCUUUGGCGGUGCUGCGGCCGGUGCAACCAGCAAUGUGAGCAUUGGUGCCGGUGCGCAACAGGGCCGCAAGCGGACGGGCAGUCUCAAGGAGGAGCACGCCAAGGGGGAGGACGCGAGGGAGACGAAUAGUAAGGAGUUUGUGUAG